AUGGCCGUGGCUGAUUCUUUGCCCAUUUUCCUCCAAGUCCAAGACGACACUACAGCUAAGAUCACAGAAAGAUAUCCGCCGUUGACUCGGGAUGGAGCCUCGCUUGUCAUUACGGCAGGCAUCAUGAUGGUGCUGACAACGCUUUGGACCAUCAUGCGGCUUCUCUCACGACGCAUGACUGGCGUCUCCUUCCACCUGGAGGACUACUUCUACUUUUUCGGACAGUCUGCUUCAUUCUCGGCAAGCGUCGUAAUCGGCGGUGCCGGCCACGACAUCGGUGUUCUCGACCCAGAGGUCCACGUCUCCCACUUCGUCAAGAUCUUCCUCGCCGCGCAGGUCAUGUACGCCAGCGAGCUCCUCGCGAUCAAGCUCAGCAUCAUCGUCCUCAUGCAGCGCAUCUUCUCGCUCAGCAGCUCUUGGUUCCGGACGACGAGCUGGCUGGCGGUCGGCCUGUCCUGCGCCUGGGCGCUGUACACCGGCCUCCUCGGCUUUGUCAUCUGCCGGCCGGUCCGGAGCGCCUGGGACAUCAGCGUGGCGAAGACCGGGUGCGGGGACUACACCGUAGCCUUCAGCGCGGUGGCUGUCUUCGACAUUGUUACCGAUGUAGUUAUUGUGGUGCUUCCGAUCAGGGUCGUGAGCGGCUUGCAGAUGGCCAGAGCUCACAAGCUUGCGCUCUACGUGGUCUUUGGAGCUGGGUUUGUGACAAUCAUCUUCUCUGGAGUACGUCUCUACUAUACCCUCACUGCAGACUUUGUCAACAUCACGCGGGGGUUUGCUUCCGCUUCGGUCAGCGGCGUGCUGCAGUCCGGCAUCGCCGUCAUGGUGGCCUCCAGCCCCAUGUUACGUCCAGUCUUCGAUCGCACUAUCGUGCGUUGGUUCAGCCUAUCGAUCCGCAGCGGCUCAAAGGCAACCGGCAGCGCGCCUACAGGAUCGCAGGGGCACAUUGUCAAGGGAAGCAGAGCAAGCCAGCUAGGCAGUCAUCGUCUUGGGGAUGGUUUCAAGCAGAUGUCCGAUAGCGACGAGAACCUCAGCUGGGAAAUGCAGGGUCUGGGUAGCAGGACGAAAGCCAAGACCGGCAGGGUGCUGCAGGGGAACGUUUCUACCGAUGCCGACAUCCAUCCAACCGACUUAGUAGAGACUGCUAGAAGAGUCUCAGGGAUUGCUGUUACGCGAAAAGUUGUGGUGGAUAGGUGA